GAGUAAGCAGCCAGUGUGCUGUAAGAGGUAACCUGGCGAGUGGCAGCGGCGCUUCUCCCGUGCGGUGGCUCACGCUUUGGUACUGGAGGCCGAGACUGUUCUGGCGACGGCGACCUCUGUGGCGACGGCUGAGGCUCUCGGAGGAGUGGCGGAGUACGAUCUGGAGGAAGAGCUUCUGGUCAGCCCAGGUUCUAUCAUAAUGAAUGGAUCCAGUGUAACAAACACAUCACCUAAUGUAAAAUCCAAAGAGGAUCAGGGAUUAAAUGGGCAUGAUGAGAAGGAAAACCCAUUUGCAGAGUACAUGUGGAUGGAGAAUGAAGAAGAUUUCAACAGACAGGUGGAGGAGGAACUGCAGGAGCAAGACUUCUUGGACCGCUGCUUCCAGGAGAUGCUGGAUGAAGAAGACCAAGACUGGUUCAUUCCCUCACGGGACCUGCCUCAGGCCAUGGGACAGUUGCAGCAGCAGUUAAGUGGACUGUCCAUCAGCGAUGGUCAUGAUUCUGAAGAUAUUUUGAGCAAAAGUAAUCUGAACCCGGAUGCCAAGGAAUUUAUUCCAGGAGUGAAGUACUGAGCUGACAGAAAGCUUUGAGGAGAACUUGUAUGUCCCCGCACCUGGGGACAGUGCUGCACAAAGAGGUGGAGCUGAAGAAGGGGGUGGGGCGGGCAAGGGGUGCACAGUGGGGAAGGGGGAUAGUGGUUUAACUUGACACUGUGACUGGAGUAACUAAUGUGCUCAGUCUUACUCUACAAGCCUCUGAGUCUCUGAGUAUUUCUCUUUUGUUCUACUGACUUUGGUUUGGAGCAGUUUCCUAUUAUUAUUGUUGUUAUUAUUAUUAUUAGCUUUUUGAGUUAAGGAAAUUACAGUCUUUUUCCCCUUCAUCAGGAAUGUUCUGCUGUGUGUGCUUAAACAAAAUAAGCUGACCAAGAAAAUCUGGGUGUUUAAGAAUGCCCUUCUCACCCUACUGUACACUUACCAAGGGCAAUGAACACUUGGAGAACUACUUACUGAGUCUGUUAAGCUGGAUGAGAAGAGGGACAAGUGGAAGAAGGAGGUGUUGCAAAUCAGGGUUCGCAGCCCCGCUCCCCUGACCCCCAGGGCUUUCCUGUGAUGAAGCAGAUUACCAUGGCCUGCCAAGCCCACAUCUCCUUGCCUGGAACCCCAUUCAAGAAAACACAGACUUAAGUACUGGUUUAUGGUAACUCUUCUGAUGGUUAAUGAAGGUUGUAAACCGGCAGGGGUGGGUUGUGGCAGUGAUUGUCAUUUGGGUCACUCAGUCACUGCUGGCCUGUUCUUAAGCCUCUGCUUAUAGCCACCAUCAAACUCAUUAUUCAUUAUUUAUGAGGUAAAAGAGCUCUAGGGUGGGUUUGUCACUUUGUCCCUCAUGGCAUCUAGUCCCCUAUCUCCCUUCCACCCUUACCCUCCUCUGUUUUUAAGAAAAGAUAUUGUGGGGCGCCUGGGUGGCACAGCGGUUAAGCGUCUGCCUUCGGCUCAGGGCGUGAUCCCGGCGUUCUGGGAUUGAGCCCCACAUCAGGCUCCUCUGCUGGAAGCCUGCUUCCUCUCCCACUCCCCCUGCUUGUGUUCCCUCUCUCGCUGGCUGUCUCUAUCUCUGUCAAAUAAAUAAAUAAAAUCUUUAAAAAAAAUAAUAAAAGAUAUUGUUACCAAAGGGGAAGGCGAGGCAUGCUGUGCUGGGCAUCAGCUCCAGUCUGGACUAGUCCAGCUUGAAUCCUGUUGAUUGUAUCUUAAGAGUAUUUUGACAACUUUUUGCCAGCCCCAUGAAGACUUGAUCUUCCUGGUAUCUUCCCUUAGUAAAUUAUUCCCAAUAAUUUUCCCCACGUAAAUGUAUUUUUCAGGACACCAGCAAGAAGCUCAGUUCACAAUUUGGAUGCUUCUCCCCACCUUACAGAAUUAUGCAGAAGAACUCAAAAAAAGCCUGGGAGAGUGAGUCCUGCUUAACCCAUGUGACCAUGUGACCCACUGGGACAGUUUCAGCAAUUAUAAAAUUUUGUUGUUCCCACAUACCCAGCUUUACAGGUCUUCUAGGUUGGGGUCUUUGGGUAUAUUCCUUUUGUUUUUCCUGACUAUAAAUCACAGAGUUUUUUUUUGUUGAUACUCAUAAGGGAUUAAACCGGGCACCAGAAGCUGCCUUUGUGUGAUAAAGAUGUAGGUGGCAGAAUCGGGUCUAAAGGAGAACGUGUGUAGUCUUGGCCGUUCACCUAGGAUGAGGACUUGCAGAGGCCUGGGGGAGGGGACAGCGGCUUCUGUAUGACUGCUGCUGUGUUGUGUGACAGGCCUAUCAGGAAAAGGCCAUGUAAUGAAAUAAAGUCUGUGUAAAUUCAGCAUGUGGAUAUGGGACAGAGGUUGGAAGGAAAGGACCAGUGUCUAGAAAGCUUCGGAAUUUCUCCCUUUUCUUAGGUGCUCCCUUGUUGACUUUUUGAACAGCCACAGGCUAGUGUCAGAUUUAAAAUACGAACCCACAUCUUUUCCUCAUUUGAGUCUACAGAAUGGCAUCAUUUGAAGAAUGGCCUUCCCUGUUAGGCCACAUGUCAAAGGAGAGUAGCUUAAGGAGCUUCUAUCGCCAGGUGCGCACAUUAACUCCCAAAGCCUCUACCUCAAGAGAAUGGAACAUUUAACUCAUAUCCAGGGACGGCUAUGGAUAAAGAAACUUCUUUAUUGCAGCUUCAGCUUUCAGCUGGAGUCGUUGCCUCUAAUAGGGAGAGGGCCUUGGAAGAGCAGGAAUAGAGAGGUCUGUCCCAGGGCUCCGUUUCCUCCUUCAGUCUCCAUUAGCUUGUCCAAGCUCAGAGUCCUGAAGGCUGUGGGGAAUAUAUUGAGAUUGCAGAAAGAGCCAUUUUCUAGAGCAUGGGCGUCUCCGUCACAAAGAUACAAUGGAUUCUAGUGUGGCUCCCAGUCCAGAAAGUCCUAUAGGGAUCCGGCUGGAGCUGUUUCUUCAUCCUGAAGGUUGCUUUCCUGACCAGGAUAGGCUGAGAUGUUGGGUGCAGUGCAAGGCCUUGUCUGUCUGCUGUGGGGUUCCAUUUUGGAUGUCAGUCUUUAGCACGGUUUCACAAGGUAGAUUUGGUCACAAAUAAGAGAGCUUCCUGCCAGAUGAGCAGUGGAACCUGAGGGCUGGACUUCCCAGUCCCAUUCAGACACAAGAGUGAGCUGACUCCAGGAGCCAGAAGCAGCUAGCAGCAUGACACUUCUUGUGCUGCAAAGUUUCUUUCCAUAGCCCAGCUCUUUUCUCCAUCAGUUGUGUCUUGUGAGGCGGGAGCACAAUUGUCACCCAGAUCAUAGGCUCAGCUAGAGAGUUUGCCAGCUCCUUAUUAGAAAAUGCAUGGGGGUCUUGUUGGACCUUCACUGGGGAAAGGCUGUGGGUCCCUGUCUCCGACCUUUCCUCGUAGGAACCAAUCUGGGUGCAUGACCCUUUAAGGGUGAGGCAGGUACUUUAUAAGUGAUUAUUUUGACAUUGAAUUUAAACCACUACUGUGUUUAAACUUGUUCUGUUGGCAAUUGGAAGUUUGAGAAUUCGUAUAGAGAUAGAGUGUGCGUUUUCAAUGAGUGCCAGUUCUGGCUGGUCCCAGUGUAAGUUUAUUAGUGACUGAUUUCUGAGUUUUGUGAUUAUUGGAUUCUAAACUCCAAGAUGAAAAUUAUUUUAUCUCUAGCCCUUCAAGAGAAAAAAACAAGUCAAGAAAAUGCCUUUUCAGUUUCUCCAGGCCUUUGAACUGAAGUGGGAAACUUGACAGCUAUAGCGCAGGCCUGAGCACCUGCAGCUGUGUGUCUCUGGGCGUUUCUGACUGCAGCAGUUGACUUUUGGGGUCACAUAUGGUCAAGCCAAAACAGACUGUAAGGAAGAGGCUGGACUUUUGCAGCACCUUUAGUUUUCAAAAUCAAAACAGCUGGAGUCUCUUCAAGGUUAUAAUGCUAACUAUGGCUUAAAAAAUGCUUUUAGUGAAAUACGAAGCAGCAUUUUUUAAAAAUUUGUAUUGUCCUAGUGUCAGUUUUGUCUUGAUUUUGGAGAGGCUAGGGAGUAAGGAGGUCAUUACAAUACUCUAGCAAUUAUAUAUGUCAGAGAGGAAAGUUGUGUGAAGGAGCUACAAGAAACCACUUGACUGAAUCCCCCGCAGACCCCAUGUAGAAACCUCAGGUGCCCGGGAAUCGACCCUGCUGUGAUCGGAGAGGACUGGUGUUCUUUGAUAAGGGUCCCAGCAUCGUAGGUUAAUGGUGGUUCUUGGUUUAGGUGACGUUUAGGUAUGGGGAUGAGCAUACACCUCACAGAUUUGACCAAGAUUUGGGGAUGGCCACCUACUGGGGAAGACUGUGUAUCCCCAGCCACUCUCCCAGGGGAUAAUGCAAUAGUUUGGGAAAUGAGUGGAGAGAACAGGAGGAUUGACCCAGUUCUGGUGUGCAUCGGGAAACUCUAAGCUAUUUACUAGAAAAUAGUACAGUGUUUUCACUGGUAACGAGACACUAAGUGAUAAUCCUGCCCCAGUGAUUGAGCCUUCAGAAAUGUUUAAUGCUUGUUAUGUGGUUUGGGAAGCAGGGAUGAUUAUUUUUCUAACAACUUUAUUGAGGCAUAUUUUACAUACAAAAUUCACCCAUUCAAGUAUACAUUUUGGUUAUUUUAGUACAUGUCCUGAGUGGUGAGACUGCAACAUACUCAGUUUUAGACAUUUUCCAUCCCACCCCAUGAGAUCCUUUGUGUCCAUUUACAUGAUAGUCCCUGUUCCCAGCCCUGGGCAACCACUUAUCUUUCUGUCUCUACAAAUUUGCCUUUUCCGGGCAUCAUAUCAAUGGAACCCUGCAACUGGCUUUUUCCCUGAGCAUAUUUUUGAGUUUGAUCCAUGAGGUAUAACUUGUGUCGGUAGUUUGUUCUUCCAGACUGCUCAGUGGUAUUCCAUGGAUGGAUAUGCCACGUUUUGUCAGCAGGGAGUCUUGUAACCUUGGAUUUCAGCCUCCUGGGGGCUAAACAGAACCCACGGCGCGCAGGACCGUAGGCAGGCUGCUGCGCCUAGCUCAUGAACUGCUCAUCCCGACCAGCGUCGUCAUCAGGAGCUCCACACGACGAGCCUACACUGCUGCAGAAAUUUUUAUAGUUUUGCAACUUCUUUUUUAUAAGGAACUUUUGUGCUGUCUACACAUCAGGACCUUUGAAGCAUCUGAUCAUUGAACGAGUAUGUUUUGAGUGGACACAAAAGUGAGACCAUCUGUGCUUUGUUGGAUAUUUUAUCCUCCCGAACUGGAUGGAGGGGAAUCUCUGAACUUUCCCAAUACAGUAUUGUCUCCAUUACAAAGUUGAACACGUAUUCAAGACUGUGCUGCCUUCGUUGGAUGGGUUUGGAGAGCAGGACGCCAGCAGAGCGGGAGGGGAGGAGAGAGGGAGCGGAGCGUGGAGCGAGAAGCCUGCGAGGGUCUGCGCGUGGCUUCCCUGUCAUGGUGUGGAUGGCAGAGUGCUGAUGUGCCCGGGGCAGCUUAGCACCUCCAGCGGGCCUCCGUCUUGACUUUCGGCUUUGAGCCCUGUUUCACAAGUGUUUAAAAGCUGUUUCCGUUCCUUUUUUCUCCUCUAAACACACAUUAUGUGGUAAUUAUUAAUAUGUCUUUGGGGGAGGGGCAGGGCUUUAAAAUCGAAGAAAAUGAUUUUCAUAAAAAUAUCAAAAAUGGGGGGAAAGUUACUUUUUAAAAAUUUUGCUAUACAAACCAAAUGGCAGCUGUGGAAAAAUCUCAAUAAAAUGAGAAUAAAAUGCA